AUGACCCGCCUCGGCAUCGGGAGUAGCAGCGGUGGCCGGAAGAUUGAGCGAUCCUGUCAGCUGUGCCACCGUCGGAAGAUUCGCUGCGACAAGAAGCAGCCCUGCGCGUCGUGUGCCCGCCGCGGACUCCAAUGCCAUUAUCCGCAGGCGGGCCAGCCGAUACGUCGAGUCCGGAAGACCACCAUCGCCGAUGUUGCAAGCCGGAUAUCGGACCUGGAGAAGACGCUUGUGGCCGGGGCGGCGAGCCAGCAGCAGCAACAGCAGCUUCCGGCUCUUCGGGGUUCGCCAUCGGCCUCCACGCCGGGAACAGCUUUUGGCUUGGGUCGAAAUCCAAAUCACUCAAAUCCAUCAGCAUCUAGGCCAACGACAGCGCCAGCUUCAGGGCCGUAUGAGAAGAGUGUUAACGAUGAAAUUCUGUUACGGAAGGGAUCGUCAAGCCAGUACUUUGACGAUGUCCUAAUUUCUCGGGUUAUUGAGGAAAGUAGUGAGUCACCCGCUACAGCGGAACUAUCGCCCUUUAAUCCAAUGGGCAUUCUCUCAGCACCAGAUCUUAAAUUGGAUCUUGCUGAGCUUCUUCCUCCAAAAUAUGGCGCAAUAGAACUGUGGAGGAAUUAUGUCGACAAUAUCGAGAUUUGUAACAAGGUCCUCCACCGGCCGACGGCAGAAGUCCUCGUCUACACCGCCAUCGACGACCCCCGUAAUGCGUCCUUGGAAGCACUAGCUGUCAUGUUUGCCAUAUUCUUCGUCUCAACUGUCGUUCUAGAGCCCAACUCGGUCCAGAGUUUCACUGGAGAGGAUAAGGUGACGAGCCUCCAUCGCUUCAAAACGGGUCUCGAGCAAGCCUUUGCCAAGGCCGACUUUCUCGAACAUCCCUCGGUGAAAUUCCUCGAAGCCUUGUCUGUGUAUCUGGCGGCUCUUAGAAUACACAACCCCGGUCGAGGCUUGUGGACCUUGAACGGACUGGCCAUCCGGGCAGCUCAAUCUAUCGGUCUGCACCGAGACGGCACCAAGCUAGGCCUCUCGCCCUUUGAUUCCGAGAUUCGUAGACGAAUCUGGUGGCACCUCAUCGCGCGCGAUGGCCGAGCAGCAGAGGACUAUGGCUUCUCAAACAUCUCAAGCUUUAACGUACAAAUAGGCGUGAGCUUCCCGUCGAAUCUGGAGGACGGAGAUCUGUAUCCCGAGAUGAAGGAGCUCCCACAUUCCCGGACCGGCUGGACGACGUUGACACUGGGACUGAUUAAUAUCCAAGUUACUCGCACAUGGCAUCGUCUAGCGGCCAUGGCCUCGUCGUGGGCGGAAAGCCCAACACCGGAAUCCGUCCGCGCCCAAGUCGUCCAAGAGCUCCACGAGUACGCAGAAGGGUUUCUGCGACAUUGCAACCCCGUCAUCCCCCAACAACGGCAGACACUCCUCGUUGCGCGAUUCAUCAUUCGCAAAGUCGACAUGGUCACGCGGCAACAGUGGCUCAACCUCCAGCAUCCAGAGGCGCGCGAUUCGUUCGCGACAGAGGAGAAUCUUCUUCAAGCGCUCGGUAUUCUCGAAGACGGUAUGAGCCUGGCGUCGGACGAGCUGCUGCGGCAGUAUCGGUGGUCGGUGCGGGCGUAUCCCCAGUACCAUAUGCUUCUCUACGUCCUGUGGCAUUUAUGCGUGAAGCCGGAAGGACCGAGCGUCGAUAGGGCAUGGAAGGCUGUGGACGAUAGCUUCAUGCUCCUGAAAUGCGUGAACGCGAGCUUCGGGCCCGCGGCGAAGAUGACGGUUCUGGAAACCUUGAGGGCCAAGGCAACAGCAAUACGACAGAGCCUUGGCCAGCAGAACGGCGGCAGUGGCGGCGUCGUCGUCGUCGUCGGUGGCCGAGGAACUACCAACGGGAGCGCCGAGAAAGAGUCCUACCCGACACCGGGUGGCACCGAUGAUAGAUCGGAAGCGGAGGGCAUGGCGGAGAGUGGAUUGGACAGUAUGGCGGCCGCUGAUGGGAUGGAUUGGGCCGGCAUGAUGCAGGAUUUCCCCGACUGGAAUACACUGAUGAACGAGUUCCAGGCGGACGGCUUGGAUAUGCCAAACUACCUCAACUGA